GUUGCUGGCGUUUUCGACCGGUACGUCUCCUUCGUCUCGCUUUCCCCGACCAUGUUCUCGCUGAACAUGCCGGCCGCCUACUCCACCAUCCACAGCCCCUCCAUCGCAGACGAGAGGAUGUACGCCUACAUCGAGCGCAUCGUGGACGGCCUGCUGUCCGCGCUGGUCACGAUGAGGACGCUGCCGAUCAUCCGGUGCCCGCCCAACGAGGUGGCGGAGAUGGUCGCCAGGAGGCUCGACGAGAGGCUCAG